CCGAAAGUGGCGAAGACGAAUUUGAGCACCGCCGAGGAAUAUUCGGCACCGGAAGUCAAUCUUCCGGCAGAUAUCGAUUGGCAAAUGCUAGACAAAUCUAAGUUCUUCUUCCUGGGGGCGGCCCUCUUCUCCGGUGUCUCUUCCACGCUUUACCCUGUUGUAGUCCUCAAGACUCGGCAACAGGUAUCACAAACUCGUGUCUCCUGCAUGAAAACAGCGUAUUCGAUCCUACGUCACGAGGGUUUCCGAGGUCUGUACAGAGGCUUCGGCACAUCUCUAAUGGGAACAAUCCCGGCUCGGGCGCUCUACAUGACAGCGCUCGAAGUCACCAAGAGCAACGUUGGAACUGCCACAAUCCGGUUGGGGCUCCCGGAGCCAACGGCCGCAGCGAUUGCCAACGCUGCUGCAGGCCUUAGUGCAGCCAUGGCAUCACAGCUCGUUUGGACCCCGAUCGACGUCGUGAGCCAAAGACUCAUGGUUCAGAGCAACAGAAGCAGCAAUCCCAGUAACCCCAAUAUGUCACCUUGCAAGUACCACGGCGGAAUUGAUGCAUUUCGAAAAAUUCUGAGGACUGAUGGACUGCGAGGACUGUACAGGGGAUUUGGGAUAUCCAUAUUAACCUACGCACCGUCAAAUGCUGCCUGGUGGGCAUCGUAUUCUGUUGCUCAGAGACUCCUGUGGGGUGGAAUUAGUUGCUAUUUCUAUAAAAAAGAAGAGGAGAGCAGAAAGAAUAUGGGCAGCAGCGGUGGCAGUGGCGGCAUCUUCCGGCCGGAUUCCAAGACAGUGGUGGCAGUUCAGGGGGUGAGUGCAGCCAUGGCGGGCGGCGUUUCGGCUAUAAUUACAAUGCCACUGGAUACCAUCAAGACCAGACUGCAGGUAUUGGAUGGAGAGGAGAACGGUUGUCGCCGGCCCCUGACAAUUGGACAGACGGUAAGGAAUUUGGUUAGGGAAGGUGGGUGGACCGCCUGUUACAGGGGAGUAGGCCCGAGGUGGGCUUCCAUGUCCAUGUCUGCAACCACCAUGAUCACUACUUACGAAUUCCUGAAACGACUUUCUGCCAAGAAUCAAGAGAACUUGACGUGAUCCUACGUUGAUUCUGUUAGCUUUCCUGUGUAGCCUGGAGAUGAUUGUUGAAAAUAAAGUGAAUGCAGGUUUUUAAUAAAUCGAUGUCUUCUAAUCUUCUCUAUUUUUGUUUAUUUCAUUUUCUCAGUUUUAUAUAUGUAAACAAUUGUCUAUAGACUCUUGUAGGGAUUAGAAGGAAAAGAAAGAAAACAUGGGGAGCGGUGGUUUAAUAAGAUACAGUGGCCACUGGCCAGAAGGGGGAUAUAAAGUUCCAGAAGACCAGAAUAUCGUUAAGGUAGUGUGGUUCAUUCGUGUUAUGAAAUGAAAUGGAGAUUCCUGGUAUUCAUGCCUCGUAGA